GUAUAAAUUCAUUUCCGCAUCCACAUCGGGUCCUUUCCUGUCCGCGGCCCUAAGGAAGAUGGCGGUGCAGAUUUCAAAGAAGAGGAAGUUCGUCUCGGACGGUAUCUUCAAGGCCGAGCUGAACGAGUUCCUGACCCGGGAGCUCGCGGAGGACGGCUACUCUGGGGUCGAGGUGCGGGUGACUCCAACCAGAACCGAGAUCAUCAUCCUGGCCACGAGGACCCAGAAUGUUCUUGGGGAGAAGGGACGCAGAAUCCGUGAGCUGACAGCAGUGGUCCAGAAGAGGUUUGGCUUCCCGGAGGGCAGUGUGGAGCUGUAUGCAGAGAAAGUGGCCACCCGAGGGCUCUGUGCCAUCGCCCAGGCCGAGUCCCUGCGCUACAAGCUGCUCGGAGGUCUGGCUGUCAGGAGGGCGUGCUACGGCGUGCUCCGGUUCAUCAUGGAGAGCGGGGCCAAGGGCUGCGAGGUGGUGGUGUCCGGAAAGCUGCGAGGACAGAGAGCCAAGUCCAUGAAGUUCGUGGACGGCCUGAUGAUCCACAGUGGAGACCCCGUCAACUACUACGUGGAUACAGCUGUGCGCCACGUCCUGCUGCGCCAAGGUGUCCUGGGUAUCAAGGUGAAGAUCAUGCUGCCCUGGGAUCCCAGCGGUAAAAUCGGCCCCAAGAAGCCCCUGCCCGAUCACGUCAGCAUCGUGGAGCCCAAGGAGGAGAUGCUGCCCACCACCCCCAUGUCCGAACAGAAGGGGGCCAAGCCUGAGGUGCCCGUCAUGCCCCAGGCCCCUGUCCCAACCGCAUAAAAGGUGCAGGCUUCAUCACAUGGAUCCAGGACCGGCUGUUUUUUGUGUACAAAAAUAAAAUAUCUGGAAAAUCCUU